UGCUGCAGAGCCCGAGGGGAGCCCAAGGUCUGUGCAGAGGCACACGAGAGAGGCAGCCUGGAAUUUGGGGGACAGCAGCUGAACUGGGCACUGUGUGAGUCCUCCCCAGUAUUGCCCACAGCAGCUGGAUUGGGGGGCUUCACUGGGAGGGGAUGUGGCAGGCUGAGGCCUGGGGUCUCUGCAGCACACUGGUGGGCUCACCAGCAUGGGCAGGCUCAUGCCACGGCCAUCCUCUGCCUGUAGGUUUUACGAACUGUAUUAAUAAUUUCUGUCGCUAUUUUAAGGAGCUUUUUCCAAAGGCAGUUUGCACUCUGGGUACGCUGAGCCUUUGGGAAUGUGUGGGAUGGCAGGAGCGCUGUUAAAACGCGGGGACUGUCAAGAAGAUUUUUGGAGAGAGAAAACAAACCCCCAGCAGGUGGUUUUUUUUGGCACCGUGCAGAUGCGCCUUGUGAUGAAUUUGUGAUGCCUUGAGGAAGCUCAGCCUCAUGCCUUGGCCGAGCACGUUUCCCUCCAGACUCCACAGGCAGCGGGCACACAACCCCGGAGAAGCUUGCCCUGGUACCGCCUGCCUGCUGUGGUUCACUCUGUUUCCCAAGCCCUAUCUGCCUCCAGAAUUCCUGCAGGAAUUCUCUCACAAGGCCAGCGAUGCCUUUUUGCCCCAUUUUUGUCCCCAGUGCGUGCUGUGUGCCUCACGGUGUGAGUGCAGGCAGGAGGGGGGCCCUGCCACAGGAGCCCCUUGUGUCCUCCCAGGGACACCAAACAAGAGCAGCAGCGGGGCUUGCUCAACGUGCAGCGCUCGGAAGUGAAGCAAGCGGCUGCUUCCCACAGCACAUUCCCAGGCAGUGACCCCAGAUGGGGGCUCUGGAGGGGCUGAAGCAUGCAGGUGCUUCUCCACGGAGGAAUGCCCACAGGCAUGUUGGCUCCAGAGCCAGAGGCUGCUGUGCUGGGGCAGGAGAAGCUUUUCCAGCACUGCUGUUCCUGCUCGGUGCUGGGAGGGAUCCUGUGGUGCGAGCAGCUGCUGCUGGCAGUGCUGAGCUGCAAGGGGGGUGGGAUAACAGCCCCCCCAUUCAGCCAGCUGUGCUCACAGCUGGCUGCAGGCCAGCACUCGGGGCACAGGCCUUGGUGGCCAGCGUUUGCAGAUGCAAGCGGCAGCAGAGGAGGAGCAGGAAGGCGCUCGGAUGUGCCCUGCAGGGUGGUUUGGCUGACGAGGCAGCAGUGGCGCAGGCUCGGGAGGACCCGGUUCCGUUUCUUCCAUCGGUUUCACCCAUGCCAGGGCUUGGGAGUGGUCACUGCCCGUCCUCGUGGGGGCUGGGAGUGGGAGGCCACAAACACACGUGGCUGAAGUGGGCGCUGGUGCUUCCCAAAGUUUCUGGCUUUGUGGAGACGCCAAAUGUUUGCCUUUAUGGCAUCUAUUCUGGGCAUUGCUGGAGAUCCAUGCUCAGGACUGUGCUCCUGAGGGAGCUGCAGGAAACAGGACAAGAAGGAGCAGAGGAGCUGGGGAAGAUGGGGAGCAGUGUCCCCUCUCCCCUUCCUGCCUGCAAGGUGAGCAGUGGCACCUCCGUCCUUGCUGCUCUGCCCUACCCUCAGGCAGUGCCUCCAGGGCUGCUGCUGCUGCUGCUGCUGCAUGAGGAAAUAAAACACUUUGAUUGUGUUUCUUAAGCAAAUUUGAGGUUUUGGGGUUUGUCUUGCAGAAACAAUUUUUUAUUUGCAGAUCCUGAUCUUUGUGCAUGCAAGAAUGGAGCUUGUUGAGACUUAGGGUUUGGCGUGUGGAUUGAGAAAAUAUUUUUUGAAGAUACUUGGUGUUUUUUCUAGCAGUUCCUCUGACUUCUCUUCCUCCCUGUUAUGUGGCAGGCUCUGACCACCCACAUUCCUGCAAGGGAAUAUUUCUGGAGUUUUGUGAGGGAGGAGCUGUGUUUGCAUCAAGCGUGGUGUUUUGGUGGCCACGGGUUCAGCAUGAAGCUCAACUAGCAGCACGAUGACCGUACAGGGAAAAGAAGCUGCAGCCUGCCUGCUGGAUGUCCUGCCGAGCCGUGGAAAACCCCAAAAAGUCUCGGUGCCAGAUGAAGUGUCACGGAUUUCUCCGUCAGAUGCCCGUGGGGUUGGACACUCGCUAGCGGAGAGCUGAAGCCCCCAGCCUGUGCCCAGGAGAGCAGGAUGCGGGUCACCACGCGCAGGGUGCUGCUGCUGGUGGGCUCGGUGGCGGCCCUGAUGGUGACCCUGCACCUCGGGCAGCAGGUCCUGGAGUGCCAGCAGGUCCUGAGCGAGAGGAGGCACAGGCUGAUGAGGCCGGAGAACGAGGAGCUGGUGAUGGUGGACGCCAACCACGUGGAGUACCGGUACAGCAAGGACAUGCCCCUGAUCUUCAUCGGCGGCGUCCCCCGCAGCGGCACCACGCUGAUGAGGGCCAUGCUGGACGCCCACCCCGAGGUGCGCUGCGGGGAGGAGACCCGCAUCAUCCCCCGCGUGCUGGCCAUGCGCCAGGCCUGGUCCAAGUCGGGCCGCGAGAAGAUGCGGCUGGACGAGGCGGGGGUGACGGACCAGGUGCUGGACGCGGCCAUGCAGGCCUUCAUCCUGGAAGUGAUCGCCAAGCACGGCGAGCCCGCCAGGUACCUGUGCAACAAGGACCCCUUCACGCUCAAAUCCUCGGUGUACCUGUCCCGGCUGUUCCCCAACUCCAAGUUCCUGCUGAUGGUGCGGGACGGGCGCGCCUCGGUGCACUCCAUGAUCACGCGCAAGGUGACGAUCGCCGGCUUCGACCUCAACAGCUACCGGGACUGCCUGACCAAGUGGAACAAGGCCAUCGAGGUGAUGUAUUCCCAGUGCCUGGAGAUCGGCCGCGCCCGCUGCCUGCCUGUCUACUACGAGCAGCUGGUGCUGCACCCCGAGCAGUCCAUGCACAACAUCAUGAGGUUCCUGGACAUCUCCUGGAGCGACACGGUGCUGCACCACGAGGAGCUCAUCGGGAAGCCCGGCGGGGUGUCCCUUUCCAAGAUAGAGAGGUCAACAGACCAGGUGAUCAAGCCGGUGAACAUGGAGGCGUUAUCCAAAUGGAUCGGGCACAUCCCAGAGGAUGUGCUGCAGGACAUGGCCCACAUCGCCCCCAUGCUCGCCAGGCUCGGCUACGACCCCUACGCCAACCCCCCCAACUACGGCCACCCCGACCCGCUGGUUGUCAACAACACGCACAGGGUUUUAAAGGGGGAUUAUAAAACACCGGCCAAUCUCAAAGGUCACCUGCAGGUGACUCAGAACACGUCAUCUUCUCACUAAGAAAAUUAAUGAUUUCCAGAACGCUGCCAACAGCCUGUUGUUGCCCGAGAAGGAAGAGCGUGCAGUGGGCCCGUGGAAAUCUGUUCUCCAAGCAUAUUGCUUGUUCCUACUGUUGCCAAAUGACUGCGCUCCAGGAAUGUAUUUGCAUUUAUUUGCAAAGGCCAAACGUGCUCCACAGCGGGAACGUCCCCGGCCGGUCGCAGCGCUCCGUGGGGAAUGCAGCUGUGGAAACCCGGGGGGACGGGAGGAGAUUCCCCGUGCUGUGGCUGGAGGACUCCGUACAUGGCGUGUGUGUCUCGUGUUCCCGGUGUGGGAGGAACAGCCCUCCCAUCCCUGCUGUUCUGUAUUCCUGGGAUCGGGAAGAGCCACCCUGGUCCUGCUGUUUCCAAUUCCCAGGGUCAGGAACAGCCCCCUGGCCUUGAAGAGCCUUUGUGGUGUGUGUGCCCUCCCCCCAACCGCCUCCCUGACCCUGCAGAGCCUAUUGCAGAGUUAAUAUAUGCCCCCCAUCCCACCCCACCCCACCCCUGGUGUCGAACACCAUUAAAGUGUUGAUUUGA